AGCUAAGGUGUAUCGCAGCUUUAAUACACUACGAUGAAGUCCAGCGCUCUCCUUUCACUGGUAAUCUUGUUCGGCACUGCGAGUCUGGGGCAAGCCUUUGCUCCCGACCCUAUCCAAGCACGACUUUCCUACCAAUCCAUAUCAUCGGCUGUCACCUCAUCCCGAACGGAUGAUAUGGAGCUGGGUAGCACAGCAUCUUCCCGGCGAGCCUUUUUCCAAAUUUUGAGCGCCUCGUCGUUGCUAGUGAAGCCUUUGUUGUUUCCACAAUCCGUUGUCGCUGCAGAAUCGACCAAGAUUCUCGUAUUGGGUGGCACAGGCUUUGUCGGUUCGCAAGUGAUGUCGACGCUUCGAGAUAUGGGAAUCGAAACCAUUGCAACGUCUCGCGACGGUCGCGAUGGAACUAUCGCUUUAGACUUAACCUCGGAAAAUGUGCAAGACCAGAUCCAAAAGUUAUCGCAAGGUUGUGCGGCUGUGAUUUCCUGCGUGGGUGCAAUUGGGACGGCCGACGAUAAGGCCGUCAAUAGCGGUACCGGGCUAGCGGCCAGUGCCGCCAAAGCGGCAGGCGUGUCACGCUUUGUCUACAUUACGGUGGCGCCGGAGGUGAAAGAAUUUGCUCGCGAUAUUGAUUUUUUGAAAGGCUACAUGGAGGGAAAAUCGUUUUCUCGUGAAACCGUCCUCGCAGCGUUUGACGGCAAGGCCACUCUGAUUGAGCCAACUUUUAUCUAUGGAGGGGGUUCCUUUGAGCUCAAUCCUCCUCGCGUUGCUAGCUUUUAUGGACAAUUCAUUGAGGGCUUGCUCUCGUCGUCGCCAAUCCGUACCUUGGAACGAGUCCUGUCGCCGGGAAUCAUCAAAAUCGCUUUGGAGCCGCCCGUUCCCGUCGAAGCCGUGGCGCAAGCCGCCGUCGCGGGUGCCCUGGGAAAGACAGACUCGAUCCUCGAUAGCUACGACAAGAUCAAAUCGGCGUCACGCACUCUGUGAGCUAUUAUGCGUACGUAAAGGGCUUGAUGGAUAUCGUAACCAGGCAGCCAUGUAGCGAUAAGACUACUUAAAUUAGCUGCACGCCCAAGAGCAACAUGCGACACACGU